AUGCCUGUUUGGAAAAUAAAUUGUUUAAAAAGUGAUGAUGAUACAAAUCCAUCAACAUUAUCAUCAACAACAAUAGAUGAAACAAAUAAAAUUGAAUCAAUAUCAUCAUCUAUUGAUCAUCAAAAUACAGAUAUACCAAUAGCAGUACCGGCUGUUGAUAUUCAUACUCUACCUUCAAGUCCAUCAUCUAUAACUCGUCGCGAACAAAAACAACGAUGUUAUCAACAUUCACCUAUUUCAAUGAGUUGGAGCCAUCGUUUAGCUACACUUGAGCCAUCACCAUCAUUUGCUACAGUGACACCAAUUAAUACUCCUACGACAAAUAAUAAUACUUCUCGUUCAUCUCCAUUGGAACUACGUUUGGCUAAAUAUCGUUCAUUACCACUACUAUGGCUACGUACAUGUGCCUCUUCAAAUCAGCAACAUAGACGACGUACAGCUGUUGGUAAAAAUACGUUUCCUACUUCUCUUGGUGAGUUUGGUGAGUUUGAGAAUUAA